CUAGGAAGCACGAAUAUAUACUAUGAAGAUGACAAAGCUAGCUUUCCUAGUUGUACUGUUGACGCUCGUCAAUUUCUCCACAGCCUUUCUUAUGUUCAGAAGUAAUUCAGGAUUCGGGAGAUUUAAUGGUGGACUGAGUAACUGGUUCCUGAGAGGUUUUGGGGGUGGAAUCGGUGGGUCAGAGGCAGGUGAUGCCGGUGAUGUACUAGAACAGCAACAAGCAAACCAGAGAAAGCAGCUUCUGUACCGCAACUCUUUCCGGGGUUCGUGGGGCGGAAGUGGCGGGUACUAUAAUCCAUUCAUGGUUCCCUAUGGUUUUUCUCUCUUUGAUGCCUGAUGACCACAGAAUCAUUCACCUGGAUGGCACUGGACUUAACACCAUAGGACAGUGUGUGGUCUGCUUACCCACAGUGAAUUUCAAUUUAAAUCAUUUUAUGCAUUAAGACUAUCAGUGAUCCACAGAACAGUUCCAAGUGUACACCUUAUUACCACAGCCUAUGUUUUAAAAAGAGUAAUGAAAAAGAAAAAAAAAAAUAUUGUCAUUUUGUUAUAUUAUUUUCAUUUGAAU